CUGUAGAACACAGGUGGAGAGAAUGAAGUUGCUGAUUUUAGCUGUGGCUUUGGUGACAAUGGUGAGUGCUGCCAGCACCUCACUGGAGGACCUGGAGUUUCACACCUGGAAGAUGAAGUUUGGGAAAAUCUACAGGUCUGCUGAAGAAGAGGCCCAACGUAAACUCACCUGGCUCUCAAACCGCAAAUAUGUUAUGGCCCACAACAUAUUGGCUGACAAGGGCAUCAAAAGCUACCGCCUGGGCCUGAACCACUUUGCCGACAUGGAUAACCAGGACUACAGAGAAAUGUUCGUUAAGGGGUGCCUGAGCUUUCCCGAGAGCAUGAAGUCCCACGAUGAAGUAACCGUUGUUGACCAGGCAGCUUCACCAGUCCCUAACAGUGUGGACUGGAGGACUAAAGGCUAUGUCACUCCUGUCAAAGACCAAGGACAGUGUGGAUCCUGCUGGGCCUUCAGUGCGACAGGAGCUCUUGAGGGCCAGAUGUUCAGGAAGACUGGUAAGCUGGUGUCGCUAAGCGAGCAGCAACUGGUGGAUUGUUCAAGGCCUUAUGGGAAUAAAGGAUGCAGAGGUGGUUUGAUGAGUUGGGCCUUUAAAUAUAUCAAAGCCAAUGGAGGUCUGGACACUGCACACUCUUACCCGUAUGAGGGUCGGGACUUCCGUUGCCGCUUUAAUUCCAGUGCUGUUGGGGCGACCUGCCGUGGGUUUGUUAACGUGGCCAGUGGGAAUGAGAAGGCCCUGCAGCGGGCCGUUGGCACUGUGGGACCUGUGUCUGUAGCCAUUGACGUUAGCCGCCGCUCCUUCCAGUUCUAUAAAUCUGGCGUCUACAAUGAGCCAAGGUGUAGCAGCACGAAACUUGGCCAUGCUGUGCUGGUUGUGGGGUAUGGCACGUCUGGCUGGCGGCGUUGGAAGAGAGACUACUGGCUGGUGAAAAACAGCUGGGGCAUUUACUGGGGAGACCGAGGCUACAUCAAAAUGUCCAGGAACAACAAUAACCAGUGUGGUAUUGCUUCUGUGGCAGUCUAUCCUCGUAUCUAAGGUUGAACGAUCAACUCCCAUGGAAUAUUGCAGAGUUGAGGAACUUGAAUGAAACCAGCAGAAUAAAAACACAGGCAUCAA